AUGACGUGUUAUUUAUACACCGUGCACCAAAUAGAAAAUAGCAUUACAAAAACAACAAAACGAAAAAUGUUGUCCGAAAUUGCGGCCAUAUUCGACCCGUUAGGAUUGCUUGGCCCGGUUAUAGUAAAUGCUAAAUUGAUAAUGCAAAACUUGUGGCAGGUAAAGGCUGGUUGGGGUGAGCCUCUGCCGGAAGAAAUUCAAAACGAAUGGCGUAAAUUUCGAGACGGUUUACCACAGUUAAACGAAAUAUCAAUACCACGAAAGAUAAUAGGUGGAGGUAUAAAUAUAGAAUUUCAAUUACAUGGCUUCGCGGAUGCGUCUUUAAAGGCAUAUGGCGCCUGUUUGUAUUUACGCAGUACCGAUGUGACUGAAAGUAGUGUUGUUAAUUUAAUUUGCGCAAAAUCGAAAGUAGCUCCGUUGAAAGUUGUAUCUCUACCACGGUUGGAGUUGUUUGCCGCACUAUUGUUAGCCCGGCUAGCGAGCCGCGUAAUUCCAAAAUUAAAUUUACCUAUAACUCGGCGCCAAUUCUGGAGCGACUCAAAUUUAGUUAUUGCAUGGAUAUCGUCUCCAUCAACCCAAUGGAGAACAUUUGUAGCUCAUAGAGUGAGGGAGAUACAAGAGUUGACGUUAUUUAGCGAAUGGACACACGUAGGUACGCGAGAUAAUCCGGCGGACCUUAUAUCACGCGGAUGUGAGGCAAAGGAUAUAGGGGAAAAUACGAUGUGGUGGAAUAGCCCUAAAGGGCUAAGCGAGGUGAGCACAUCAUGGCCAAAUUCCGAAUCGGGAACGUAUAAUGCUACAGAUACGAACAUACCCGAGGCAAAAGAUAACACCGCGACUUCAAAAACGCGCAGUAUAGCUUGUAAAACGAAAAAAGAUUAUUCAGUGUUAGGUAUCAAUAUUAUCAAAACGAUCCUCAUUAAGUAA